AUGUGGCCGGGGUGGAUCGUCUCUUUCUUCGCUGCUCCCCAAGAGGAACGCGUCCCGCUCCUCCAGCAGACUUCCUCCGCCGACCCCAACAGAGGACAUCUCACCAUGAAGCUUUUUGGGAAACGACCGGCCUUUCUGGCUCCUUCUCCCCCGAGAUCGAAAGAGGAGCUGGCCUUCGUACGGAGACUCGAUACUUUCCUGUUGAUAUUCGGGUGUGUUAGCCAAGUUAUCAAGUAUUUGGAUCAGCAGAAUAUCAAUAAUGCUUAUGUUUCGGGAAUGAAAGAAGAUUUGAACCUCUUUGGCAAUGAGCUGAACUACUUCACCACGGCCUUCAAUGUGGCUUACGCCGUGAUGCUCAUCCCAUCCCAGGUCAUCAUGACUUGGGUGAGACCAUCCUACUGGCUACCAGCGCUUGAAGUUUCAUGGGGUAUCAUGACAGGUCUUAUGGCAAUGGUAACAUCAGCGAAGCAAGUUUACAUCAUCAGAGUGUUCUUGGGAGCUUUCGAGAGUAGUGCUUGGCCGGGAAUGAUGACUUUGUUCAUGCAUUGGUACACGCCGACUGAACUUGCGAAGCGAAUGGGCUUCUAUCACUCAUGCCAGGCUAUUGGCAAUAUGCUUUCAGGGGCUUUGCAAGCAGCUAUUAUGAAAACCCUGGAUGGAAAUCUUGGACUCGCAGGCUGGAGAUGGCUAUUCAUCAUCAAUGCCAUCAUCACCGUGGUGUGGGGCUUCUUUGGUAUCGUGAUGCUGCCAGAUUAUCCAAACAAACGCAACCCUCGAGCAUUCUGGUUCUCUCGCAACGACCAAGAGCUUGCAAUCAACCGUCUGAUCCGUCACAAACGAGCAGAGGCGAGACCAGUCACUUGGGCUUCCGCGCAAAGGACCUUCUCUUCUUGGGUUGUUUACUUUGUGGCUGUCUUAUACGCAGGCAUUGUUCUUGCAACAUAUGGCUACAACUACUUUGGCCUAUUCCUCAAAUCGUUGACAAACGCCGACGGCUCGAAACGAUGGACGACGGAGCAAGUCAACUUGAUCCCUAUUGGAGGUAGCGCCAUCAACAUGGUCUUCGUCUGGGUGUGGGCUAUCCUCUCUGAUCUGCUGCAAACGAGAUGGACCCUCAUCAUCGCUCAAGGCGUUAUUGGUCUAGUACCCUGUAUCAUUAUGAGCAUUUGGACCUCCCACCCAACAGCGGUACCCAUAUCAGCCGCAUAUGCCAGCUACUUCAUCAACYUCCUAUGCCUAGGAACUGCCCCGCUGAUCAUGGCCUGGAUAGCGGAUCUCAUCCCUCAAGAUCCCGACUCUCGAAGUCUCAUUGUUGGAGUUUGCAUUGCAUUCUACUACUCGAUCAGCUCCUGGAGUCAAGUCCUGGUCUGGCCGGCAUCCCAAGCACCGUUUUACAAAUAUGGCUGGCAGUCUUGCAUUGCCAUUUGGGUUCUGUGCAUGGUUAUGACGGUCGUGUUGCGGUAUAUCGAUGUGCGAUUCCUGCUUCCCAAGCGACUGGCUUUUGCGGCAGGGCUUGACAGUGGGGAGAUUGUGAUAGCUGGACACUCAGUCGCAAGGGAAGGCAGUGUUGAUGAUGAGGCUGAUGGAGACGCUAAGAAGGGCGCCGAGACCACGGUGAAGAGCGCUUCUGKCAAAGACGCAGCUGUUUGA